AUGAACACCGCAGCCCUCAACCAGAUCUGGACAGGCUUCCUCCCUCCCAAUCCCGGUACCGCCGCAUGGGCCACUCCACCCUUUACCCCCGCAGCCGCUUUGAUCGCGGCCACCCUGCUCCCGUUCACAAGACCCCAACUCCUCGACUUCAUGCGUAAUCCCCUCUACACCGUCCCCAUCUUCAUGUACGGGCGAACACGAGCUACCCUCUGGGGGGGCGUGCCCAUCAACGGCGACGAAGCCACCACAACAGCCUGGUACUUCGCGAGAUUCCCUCCCGCCCCCGGCGCACCACCAACACCCCAGCCCGCAGCCACCAUCCACGCCAAACUCGUAACCCUCAACAAUGUCGACCCAAUCGAGUGGCUCAUUCACCGCAGGGAACUCCACGCCCUCGACGCCCUGUACAACAAUGGCUUCUGGGACCCCUGGGGCUACGGCCUCACCUGCACAAGCUACCUCGAGCACGCGAACAGAGACGCCGUCAGACCCCGCCUGAUCGUGCACUACAUCUGCUACCGCAACCGCGGCAACCGAGCCUGGGCCCUCGAACGCCCGUACAACCCGUCUCUGUUCGCGGGCAACUCCACAGAAACCCACCUGGACAUGAUCAUCAACGACAACUACCGCGCUUUCCCGCGCCUCUGGGCAUGCAUGGACCAAAUCCAGCACGGCCAGCCGCCAGGCCACAUGGAUCUCACGAGCGUGCCACCGGGCGGCGGCGCGCCCGUCCCCGUCCUCGGGCCCGCAGCGCUGGAAACCCUGGCCGCAGCCGUGGGCCGCCGCCUGUUCACGGCCCUCCACCUGAACAACAACCUGGACCUGACUCUCCACGUCCCUGACAUCUGGCACAGCGCGGUGGACAGCCGCUAUCCGGACGUGAUCCUGGCGAUCAACCGGCGGCCCAACGCGAGGGCCAUCAUCGACCAGCGGGGCGCGCAGAAUGCCCCGCCGCUGCAGACUGCGUUCCCCGACAACUGGAAGGCGUUUUGUAACCUGUUGAGUGUGGGCGCGGACGCGGACUUGUUCCUUCGCUGUCCCGACGGCAUUCCCGCGUGGCCGCACGGGAAUAAUAAGUGGAAGUGGACUCAGGAGGCUGUGCUUUCCUGUCGCCGGAUUGAUCCGCAGCCUGGCGCGCCUGUGCCGGGGGUGCCGGCCGCGGCUGUGGCGGCGGCGGCGGCGGCGGGCCAGGUCGUCGGAGGCACGCUGCUGCAUGUGGUUGUUGACGCGCUGAUGGGGAAGUUGGUGCAGGUUGCGGGGGCCCAGAAUGCGGGCGUGAUUCCGGUGUGGAAGGCCAGGAGUAGGAGGCGGGCGUUGUAUCGGCAGGCGCGAGAGCUGAUUAUGCUUGUGAAGACGGGGUGUAAUCAUGGGAGCCCGAGUCUUGCGACGCUCGAUGAGAAUGGGCGGACGGCUAGGGAUUUGGCGAGGCAUGUGCAGGCCGUGCUUUCGGCUUCGGGGCCGAGGGUGCGGUUGCAUACUGUUUAUGCGCUGUUGUAG